ACCCAUAACAAAACCAGAAGAAUUUUCUAGUAAAAUAUGCACUCACCUGUAAAUAUGAUGAGGUUGCUGUAAAGUCACUACUGAGCAACACAGGAACAAGUGCCUUUAGGAAUAUCAGUGAUUCCAAGGCAGAUUAAAGAAAUCUGACGUUACCAGUAUGAUAUGGUCAGUAGGGUUUGAGGAUCCCAGACUAUAAAUCCCUACAGCAUUAUUGUAGAAAUAUUGCUCAAUUUUAUAAGGCUGGGGGUAUUCGGUUUUCAAUGUUAAUAUUGUGUGCAGUACAGUACAUUUAAACGGGGCACUAGGACUUUAAAUGGCUCCUUGAACCCUCGGGCACCCAGUUAAUAAACACCCACGUCAGCACAGUGCUUCAGUCGCUCUAACCGGGUUUCGGUCUUUAGGGCUGAGCAGGAAGUGCCUGACUGUGGACCCUGGACGAGAAAAAAAAGAGCCAAGAAAAAAGGCUACAGAAAUUAAAAAUGGAUAUGGUGGCAGACUUGGGGGCGAGUAGACUCUAUCGGGCGCCGGGUGAAUCAAGUCACCAGUGAGUAUCGAUGGAUUUUGUCAGGGGUAUCACGGCGUGGGGCGUAAGCGGGUCCUGCCGACACCUCACGCCUGGGGAAGAGUCGUUGGGUUUGGGCAGCAGGCAAAUCCUCCCCGCUGCUCGCUGCGCUCCGGACCUCCGGCGAGAAGUGGGGGUGGUCUUGAGGAUGAAAACGGGCGUAUUAGCGCGUCUUCUCCCCAGUGUGAUACACUAUGAAUAUAUUGCUCAGUUGCUGGAGGUUUGUGUCUAUUUUUCUAUUGUGUGCUGGCUGGAGCCUGAAGUGGGCGUCGCUCCAGGACAGACUGGGCUGCUCUGGUGCGCCGCUGCCCGCUUUUCUCUCGCAGGACUGCAGCACUCUCUUGUCGUUUUGUAGGUCGACUGGUGUCUGAAUUAACGGAGAAAAGCUCGGGUAAGAUAUUAGACUUGGUGUCGUGUGACAUGAGGAGCAGUGUAGUCUUGCGGGCGGGCGUUGCACCGUGGGUUAUCGGGCGCUGUGGAGCCUGUCAGCAAGCAUCGCGUAAUUAAAAAUGAAUGCGUGUAAUUGAGAGUCUACAUGAGGAUGGCUAAAUAGGUUACUAUAGAAGAAGAAUUAUUCAGCAAAUGAGGUUGCGGCAGUUUUUUUUUUUCUCUUUGGAUGACAUGUCCGGCUACAGGGUGGUAUUUUCUCUUCCCAUCAGUCUGAUGUGUUUGUAACACCAGAGAUUUCAUGCGCGCUUUAUCUUCCCCUCAGGGAUGAUUACAGGGUUUUGUCACCCGAUGCUCUCUGACUGGGAGCCGGGUGUAGCCCAUUAGAAGAAGAUUUUGAUUGAAGGCUCGUCUAGCCAAUCGCAGUGCAGAAUGAAGUCCGCUGGGCGGGCCGUCUGCGGAGCUGGAGAUGGUCCAGUGCAGAAACAAAGACAGGGGGUAAUUGACAGCGAAAUCAAUGGGGUGUCACUGCUGUGUUUGUUCUGUGACCUGCUGUUAAUAUUUGGGGUCUGUUGCAUAACCAUUUACCAAGGCAGCCUCAGAGGUGGUUCAACACCGCUGACAUCACAGUGGCUCACCAAAGCAACCUGCUGAAGCAGCUCAACCAGCAGCGUCGCCAGGAGCUUUUCUGUGACUGCAGCGUGCUGGUGGAGGGCCAGCUCUUCAGGGCCCACCGCAACGUCUUGUUCGCCAGCAGCGGCUAUUUCCGCAUGCUGCUGUCCCAGGGGCCCGACGGGCUGUCCCACUCUGUCCACGCCACCUUUGACGUCUUCAGCCCUGACACCUUCACCGUCAUCCUGGAUUUCAUCUACUCUGGCCAGCUGGACCUCUCCAGUCACAAUGUGAUUGAGGUGAUGUCUGCAGCCAGCUACCUGCAGAUGAACAACGUCAUCAACUACUGCAAGAACUUCAUCAAAUCCUCCUUGGACAUCAGUGUGAAAGAUGAAGACAGUGACCGCUGCCUCAGCUUGUCUGAGACCUGCAGUUUCACCAGUGGAGCAGGAGAAGAGACCUCGGAGCAGCAGCAGCAAGGCCCCUGCUCUGUUAGCCCACCACCGGCGCUCUGGACCCGGGACAACUCCAGAUCCCAGUCUGGCUUCAUGGGGAAGGACUCAGACCAAGAGGCAUCGGCCUCAGCCUUGAAGACUAACCCAAGCAGCCCUGUUGAUGAGCUCAUAGCAGAGGCAGAGGACCUGCAGGACCCUCAGGACCCUCUGUACACCUUGCCUGGAUCAGAGCGCCGGCGAGGUAAAGGGGCAACCAAAAGGAGAGCAUCUAACAGCACUCGCUCCAACCAGCAUGAAGACUUGGACAUCCAAGAGGCGAGGACGAAAAAGGCUGAAAAGGCAGAGGAGCUGUACGCUACUCUGCCACCUAUUGUGGGUGUUAUUGGACACUUUAAUAAAGACUCCAACCCCAUUAUGCGCUUCAAAUGCCCCUUUUGUACACACACGGUGAAGAGGAAGGCAGACCUAAAGCGUCACUUGCGCUGUCACACAGGGGAGAGGCCGUACCCCUGUCAGGCCUGCAAUAAACGCUUUACUCGCCUGGAGCAUCUUCGUAGCCAUUUUGAGACGAUCCAUCAAGCCAGGAAGCUGGUGUGCAGGAAGUGUAAGUGUCAGGUGACGGAGGAGACUGGGCAUGUGGUGUGCGAGGGCACACGACGCUACCGCAUGUGCACCGCGUGCAUUCAGGAAGUGGGCUGUGACAACAUCCCCAUGGACAGUCUAGAGGGGACCAAUGAGGAGCCGGCCCUGUUAUUGGGGGUGGACGGGGAGGAGGAGGGGGACACCAAGAGGAGCUGGAUGGUAACCGAUGACGACGACCUGGCUGAAGACUCGGGGGCCGACCUCAUCAUCCAACAAGUGGAUGACAGUGACGAGGAGCUGCAGUGAAUUGGAACCAAAGUGUGUGUGUGCAGAAGCAUGCAUGAAUAUUGACUGUGUGUGUGUGUGUGUGUGUGUGUGUGUGUGUGUGUGUGUGUCCUAAAGCCAUGCAAGAGAAUUUAUGCAUAAAAUAUGUGAUCCACUGAUGUAAAUACACACACUUAUGAUAUAUUAGUUGACUAUUAGUUAAAUGCAACUGGUUGAUCUUUACUGUCAAUGAGAUUGUUGACCUUUGUGACAAAAUGGAAUGCUUUUUGUUAAGCUUCAUAAAGAUAUGCAGUAUCCAAAGCAUGCAUAUUCAGUGUUUCCUUUUCUUCAAUUAUAGUUAUAUAAUAACUCUUUCAAAGAUAUGUUUUUUUCAUAUGCAUGGAAGAACAGUCUUUGCUACUUUUGUGACUCUGCUUUGACAAAAGCUGGUAUUUGAGUAAAACAAAGUGACAAGGACAGACUCUGCUAUGUCCCUACUCCCUGUAGGGAAAGUCAAGAGCAGACUUUUUUUUUUUGUCUCACGGUUGCAAUGCUUUUUAUGAUUAUGUUUGAUUAUGAUAUGCACUAUGAUAUAAAGCCAAUUAUAAUUUAUUCAUGUUUUUUUGAAUUUUUGACACAUUAAAGAUAUUUUUAUACA